UUUUUAUCAUCUUCUCCAGCCAGAAAGAGCUUCAAAUCUGACUAUCCAUCUGUGUUCUGACUUUUUUAUUGUGAUUCAGUUUUCUUAGUGAUUUUAUUUCCAGUGAUUUUUACAAGUGUUCAUAAAAUUAGGAGAUUGUGAUGGCCAGCAUAAAAGAAUCCCCCAGUCCAAGAUGUGAUAACAACCGACGGUUUGGGAUGAAGAAGCGUACAAAUUUCCACAGCAACGAGAUGGUCAAGAUCGAGAAAACAUCGAGCUUUGCACCCUUGGGAUACGGCGAUCGUUUCAUUCCGCGCAGAUACUGCGAGAGGAGAACGGAUGACCCAGAUGAUAUUGAGGUGGAUGAUAUUUUCAUGAAUCCUCUGACCUGCUCUUGGAAGAAUUUCAACUAUUCGAAAAUUUUCAAAGAACUCUUCAACAUACGCAACAAAAAGAGGGCAUCCGAAUGGUCCGAUGAACGAAUCCUCUCUUUCACCGAUGAACUCCACAAACGUUUUACAGUUGAAUUAAACACCUUUUGGGCUCCAAUGUUCAACUAUGCCGUCACUCCUAAGUGGUACACGGCUCUAGAUUGGGCCUGUGUUCCCCGUACUCGAUCUUUAGCAUUCAUGGAUACUGUUCAUAGUAUUCAGGGUUUUCACAAAUCCGGCAAGAAGAAGUUGAUAGUUUGGAAUCAAGCCAAUGAGAUUGUUGCUUUUGUGCGUCCUGAGAUCGUAACCUGGCAGCCUGGAUCAGCUAAUCUAAUGGUGUAUUCCCUGAACAAUAUCACAGCUCUGGCUUUCGAUGCAAAUGGCCACUAUAUGGCAGCCGGAGGCAAGAUCGGCCGGCGUGUAUUUCUGGACAUCUGGGAGACCAAGAAAAAGAAUAUUGAUCUUGUAUCCUUAGUUCGUAUGAAAGACAAAACAGAGAUUCGGUGUUUGGCCUGGAGCCGCAGCGGAUCUCAUAUUGUGUGUGGCCAAAUGUCUGGAACACUAACAGUCCAUCGUGCUUCGAAUUUAAGGAGUCCGUGUCUGGUUCUUCUUCAGCAUCAUGUCCGUCCAAUUAUUGAAAUCAAGUUCUCAGCUAAUUUUCUGCUCUUUGCCGUGGCUGAUCAAUCGGGAGUGGUGUCGGUUUGGAAUUGGGUGAUGAAAACUCUCAGGUUUAAGCUCAAGAGUCCUAUUGAAUCCUAUGUUUAUCUCGAUUGGCAUCCAUGGUGCUCCACGGAGUUUGUCAUUGCGUCAAGGACUCCAGCAUCGAUUGGUGUUGUUAAUACUGUUGAGAAGAAUGUCGUAGCAUGGUACAAAAGAUGUGACAAGAAAUGCAUAAUUGAUGCUAUCAGCUUCAACAAAUUAUCUGGAGAAUUGGUUGUCGCCUUACGACGCCGCAAUCAAUACAAUAAAACAAACACGAUGAUCCUAGUGUUGGCAUCCUUGGAGCACGUAUCGGACAUAAUUUACAAGAAAAGAAUGAGGAAAAUCUUCCAUUUGAUGUGGAGUCCAGAUGGAAAGAUUCUAGCAACAGCUGGAAGUCAAAAUGAUCUCACUCUCUGGAACUUCUUCGGCAAGUCCGAUAUUUCUCUCCGGAAGUGCACCAAGAAGAAAGAAAAGAAAUCCAUUGUGAAGAAGGAAUCAACCUUUGGGCACUUCCCCAUAAGCACGAUUAGAUGAAGUGUUUUUUUUUUAUUUCCUCCAAAACAAUCCCAUUUGCACGUUUUUUAAUUCUAUUUUACAACACAAAUAUUCCCACCCACCCAAAAAAUGACAAUUGAGCCGCCUUGGAAGAAAAGUCAUCAUUUCAUUUGAUUCCAUAAUAGAUCCCUGUAUGUAAAGCCAUAAAUUAUUAAUGAUUAGAGCAUUUUUCAUCUCUUGUAUGCACUUUAUCCUCAUUGUCUGUCAUCAUCUCCGUGGAUGGGGGAACAAUGACAAUUUGCAUAAAGUGAUAUUCACCUCAAUUUAUUUAUAAGAGCCCCUUCCAAAAUUAAAUAUUCAUUGAAGUCUGUGUUAUAAUGUAAUAAUCUAUUUUUAUAAAUUCAAUCGAAACCCAUUUUCACAUUGCCAUACAA